GUACGUUUUGGGUAAGGAAGGGAUGAGUGGGUGGGUGGGGUAUGGCGGGUCUCAAUUCUUAGUUUGUGGAUCUCGUUAUUCUUGUGGAUUUGUAUGUGUGGUUUAUAGCUAGUGUAUAAAUGCGUGUUGUUGUAAAUUAGUUUGUCAGCGGGCUUAACUUUCUUGUUUGUUUUAGUUUGUGUGUGUUAUAUGCACAAAAAAAAAAUGCUUAAUUCACUCCCGUUCACAUUCAUAUCUGCCUUUUCUCUCCUCUUUAUCUUCAUUUUCUUAUGCUUUAACAUCCUUUCAGGUUAAUUUCGAGCUCGACAGGCGUUGGACUAUAAUAGUGAUGUCAGUGUACUUUCCUACUUCAAUGUUGCUCAUCAUCGGUUACUCAACACUGUACGUCAAAGUGGCAUUGCUACAGGUUCGCCUCAUCGUGAGCCUGACAACGCUGCUGGUUCUCUACACCCUGUUCAACAACACCUCCGACGCCCUCCCUCCCACCGCCUAUAUUAAGAUGAUCGACGUCUGGUUCUUCUCGUGUAUCCUGCUCCUCUUUUACGUCAUCGUCUCACACGUGGUGGUGGAGCACUUGGGGAACCGCAACACAGAAAUCAAGUGGGUUAAGCCCUUCAGUGCAGACGGACACAAAGUCUCCGAUAUUUCAGCCGCGGUAAGACCUCUGCCGGAUCGCGUCUUGCUCUAUACGAGGUGCGCGGUCGUUCCCGUGGUCGUGGUUCUGUUCAAUCUGGUGUACUGGGCUGUCCUCUUCGGGCUGAGGGGGAAGUAGGGUGUGGGAAGGUGUUGAGAUUGGCCAGGGAUUUUUUUAUGGAAUGGUGAUGGGAGUGUGCAAGAGUAUAGGAUAAGAGGGUUUGUUUUUUGACAUUUUGCUGAUAUUAGAGAAGAAGGAAAAUUGAAAAAAAAAGUUUGAUGAGGUAGUUAAUAUACGUAACACAUAGGCUAUAAUGAAUUGAAAAAAUUAUUUGGUCGUUCCUAUCGACAUGAAAGAGGUGUUUUAAGCCAAACUCGCAUCUCUGAGAUGGCGAGAUAGUGUUCUGGGUGACUUCAAUGCGGUAUCUGGCUGUGAUCAAGCUGGUCCUCAUGACUCGGGAACUGAUACCGGCAGCCAGAAUAGACAUCUUUUCUGGGACUUUGCAAGUUCCCAGAGAUUGAGGAUUUCUGGCUCCUGGUUCUAGUGCUCUGAUCUGCAUCGUUGGGCGUGGCACAACAAUGUGAGUAAUGUGGCCUAGGAUAUCAGCCACAUCCACAUUUGCACUCGUUGGAGGAUCUUCAAGAACUGCAGGUGCCGAGGUCUGUGGUAUUGCCCAUAGUUUGGUUGUUGCAGUUCCUGUGCUGGAUCCACCCACCAGCGAGGAACCACUUUCUUAACUGAAAUUAGGGAGGCGAUAUCUAAGCUGAGAGGUGGUAAAGUAGUGCGUAUUUGUGGCAUAUCUGCUGAAUUGUUAAAGUCUGGUGGUGAACCCUUAGAGCAGGGUGCGCAAGAUGUCCUGGCUACCACCUGGAAGUCUGGUUCUGUUCCCCCCGACCUGUUGAGGGGUGUGCCAUCCCUCUUUGGGAGUGGAAGGGCGAUUGGUGGGACUGCAGCAAUCCACUACUCUGCAUACCAGGCAAGGUUCUCAAUCACAUCCUUCUGAGACGUAACAGAGAUGACCUAUUUAGGCAGCAAGGGUCGGAGCAAUCCGGAUUCACUCCUGGUAAGCUCACAACAGAGUGUAUCCUGGUACUUCGAGUCCUUGUCCUUGUGAGCUGCUACAUCAGCCUCAAGAAGGCGUUCGACGCGGCGCAUCGUGAAUCACUCUGGGGAAUUAUUAGUUUAAUAGCAAGCCUGCACUGAAGGUAAAGUGAAGUGUGGUGGGGGCAAGUCUACCUUCCUUGUGAACUCGGGAGUGAGGCACAAUAACUCACAAUGUAUGUGUUCUUGCACCAACAGCUUUCAUUACUUGCAUGCACUGGAUACUGGGCAGAGCUACUAACCAAAGCCAUUGUAGAGCAACUCUGGGCAAUAUGAAAU